AUGACAGCCUCAAACGGAGACAGCUACUCUGUGACCUUCGACAACCGUGUCGGAGGCACACCUAUCAGCCAUGGCGAGGCUGUUCCUUACCAAGUAUCUGAACACAUUCUUUGCGCUCCACGACGGCUGCGAGUUGCUUGCAUAGGGGCGGGAGCAUCAGGCAUUAUGAUGUGCUACAAGAAGGAGAAAGAAUUUGGGGACUCAAUUGAUUUGGUUGUCUAUGAACGAUAUCCCAAGCCUGGAGGCGUUUGGUAUGCGAACAAAUACCCAGGAUGUCGUUGUGACGUUCCAUCGCCAGCCUAUCAAUAUCCAUUCCACCCCAAGGCAGAUUGGUCGAGAUACUAUUCUCCAGCAGCGGAAAUCCAGUCCUACUACGAGUCAUUUGCUAGGGAGAGGGGUUAUGUGGACAACUACAUCAAACUCUCUCAUCGAGUUGACAAAGCAGCAUGGGACGAGAUCACUGGGCAGUGGGUGCUCACUAUCACAGAAACGACUGGACCGAGCGAGAGAACCUUCGAGGACCGAGCCGACUUCCUUGUCGCCAAUAUCGGCGUUCUCAAUACUUGGAAAUGGCCUGAUAUCCCCAAUCGUGAGGCCUUCCAUGGAAACAUGACGCAUUCAGCCGACUACGAUACCAAUCUUGACCUUGAGGGAAAGACAGUCAUUGUCAUUGGGUCUGGUGCUUCUGCCAUACAGAUCGUCCCGGCCAUCAAAGAAAAGGCCAAGAAGGUCAUUUCAUUCUAUCGUACGCCGCAGUGGAUUGGACCAGGCCUGGCCAUGGAUGGCUUCACAGACUCUGAGGGGCGCAACUUCACUUAUACCGAGGAGCAAAAGAAUCAGUUUUCGCAAGACCCUGUAGCAUACUUGGCGCACCGGAAAGCUAUCGAGACAAAGAUCAACGCGAGUUUCCCACAUAACAUUGCCAGCCAUCCGGCGCAGAAGAUGGCUCGUGAGUUCGUCACUGAGAGAAUGAAGAGGAUCCUGAAAAACGACAAGACAUUGACCGAACGACUCGUACCAACAUUCCCAAUGGGUUGUCGUCGACUUGGCCCAGCCGAAGGGUUUCUAGAGGCAUUCCACGAAGACAACGUGGAGCUGGCCGAGGGUGAUAUCGAAUCCUUCACAGAGGAUGGACUACGCACCACCGAUGGGACUGAGUUCAAAGCAGACGUGAUCAUUUGCGCCACAGGAUUCAACGUCAGCUUCAAGCCGCACUUCCCUAUCAUUGGACGUGAUCAGGUCUCACUCAGCGAGGCGUGGAAAAAUGACCCAGCUGCGUAUCUCGCGCUCACUACAAGUGGUUUCCCCAAUUUCAUGAUUGGAUCUUUGGGGCCGAAUUGCCCUGCGGGUCACGGAUCGUUCAUUACAGUGCUGGAGGCAGCGCAGAACUAUGUAUGCAAGAUCAUCAGGAAGAUCCAGACGGAGAACAUUCUCAGCAUGGAAGUGAAACCUGAAGUUGUGGCCGAAUACAACGAACAUGUACACGAGUGGCUGAAGAGAACGGUGUGGGCGGCUGGUUGUAGGUCUUGGUAUAAUCAAGGCCGACCUGGUGGUAAGAUCACGGCUCAGUAUCCCGGUUCCCUGGUCCACUGGCGAUUGAUGCUUGAGCACCCUCGCUUUGAGCAUUACGACAUUCGAUACAGGAGUUCCAACAGGUUUGAGUUCAUGGGGAAUGGCUUCACGUUGACAGAAGUUGACGGUGGAGACUUGGCAUGCACCAGCCACAGCACCGCCACCAUGGCUUUGCCGACUCACAGCGAUGGCGUUUACGGGCAUUAUCCACUUCAUGAUCGUUCACAGAGACCGCUGGAUGUUAUCGUUGUGGGUGCUGGUCCUUCCGGGAUUGCAGCUCUCAUUGAGUUGAAGAAGCUCCCGUACGUAAAGCUCAAGUGCUUUGAAAAGAAUCAUGACGUGGGAGGGACGUGGCUCGAAACGAGAUAUCCUGGAGCGGCGUGUGAUGUCGCCAGUCACGCCUACCAAUAUUCUUUCGAUUCCAAGACCGACUGGUCGAGACACUUUGCCCCCGCUGAAGAAAUUGGCGAAUACUUCAUCUCUGUGGCCAAGAAGCAUGCAUUGCUAGAAAACAUCACAUUCAACUCUCGAGUGGUCGGCGCCGAAUGGGACGAGACUGAGGCGAUCUGGCGAGUACAGGUAGCAGGCAGCGGCUCCUCUGACUGGCACGCCAAAACAGUCCAUGAAGAAUAUCAAGCCAAUGUGUUCAUCAACGCAGGUGGCAUAUUGAAUGACUGGAAAUGGCCCGAGAUUGAAGGCUUGCAUGGUUUCAAAGGAAAGCUUCUGCAUACAGCUGCUUGGGACCCUUCAGUUGACCUGGAGGGAGCAUCUGUCGGCGUUAUCGGAUCUGGUGCCAGCAGCAUACAAGUCGUGCCGAGCAUCCAGCCGAUGUGUCGAAAUCUUGAUGUAUACGUACGAUCACCAACAUACAUCUUGCCGACAGUCGGAUUCGGCAUAGAAUCGUCAGCCUUUAACGAGCUAUACACCUCGGCAGACAUCGAUCGUUUUAAUAGCGACCCGGAAUACUACAUGCUGUUUCGAAAACAGAUAGAGCAGCAGAUGAACGAGAACUUUGCCGCAAGCGUCAAAGACUCCACGGCGGAAAAGAAAGGCAGAGAGUGGGCCACCAAAAUGAUGAGAUCAGCAAUCGCCUCUGCGGAACUGAGAGAGAAGCUGGUUCCCAGCUGGGAACUAGGAUGCCGUCGACUGACACCGAGCUUGCCCUACCUCAAAGCCAUCCAGCAGCCCAACGUGAAUGUGAUCAGAACGGGGAUUCGCAGGAUCACAGAAACGGGAGUAGAGACAGAAGAUGGAAAGACGCAUAAUAUCGACGUUCUCAUUUGUGCAACUGGCUUCAAUACGUCUUUUUCCUCACGAUUCAACAUCAUCGGCCGACGAGGCAUUAGUUUGCGAACUAUGUGGAAAGACCGGGGCCCGGAAGCCUACUUGGGAAUGGCCAUUGCAGGACUUCCUAACUAUUUCACCAUUUUGGGACCAAAUUGUCCCAUUGCGAAUGGAUCUCUGAUUCCAUGCAUCGAGUGGAGCGCAAAGUACAUCGCGAAGGCAAUCACAAAGAUGCAGACAGAUCAGAUUCGCUCUAUUGAUGUGAAGCAGCCACUCCAAGAUGCGUAUAAUGACUAUGUCCAAGACGUGCACAAAGAUCUGGUUUGGACGGGAUCUUGCAACAGUUGGUACAAGGACAGAAAAUCAGGGCGAGUCGUGGCAGUUUGGCCAGGGUCGAGCAUUCACUUCAUGGAAAUGAUUGAGAGUCCACGGUGGGAGGACUUCAACAUUGAGUACAUCCACUCCAAUCCGUUUUCGUUUAUGGGGAACGGCAUUUCUCAACGCGAAGCCCAGGGUCAAGAUUUGACCUUCUAUCUGGACAACAUGACAUCGGACAACAGAAUUGGCUCAGAAUGA